UUUUGGAAAAGAGGUGUACAGCGAACUGAUACUGGGGCUCAGAGCGAGAGGAACAAUCUCUGGGCUUUUAUAAGAGUUUUGGAUUAAAGAUCGGAUCAUUGGUGCUGCGAGUAAAAGACAAAUUAUCAUUUCAGGAUUAUUCAGAAAAGCGAUGCUCUGUCUGUAAACCUGAUCAGAAAACUGAAACUCAAAGGCGCUGCAGGUAAUACAGGUCAGACACGACAGAAAUGCAGUAAGAUGGCGCUGGAGCAGUUCAGUGAUGUCGUACAGAGUUGUCAAUAUGUUCAGGACGAGAACUUCUCCCCAGAGGUCUUUGACCUGUUCCAGACGGCGGGGAGGAGCUGCAUCGAGCAGGGUCACAUCGCUCACGUCUUGAGUGUCAUCAUUGACGAGAGAAAUAAAAGUAUAGUGCGCUGUAUGGGAUGGAACCUUCUGGGGCCGUUAGUCAAAGUUCUGCUGAAAAAGGAGGAGAAGAACCUGCAGCACUGUCAGGCCAUCCUCUCUCACCUACUGCAGGUUUGCAGCCCUAAAGAGCUGGUGGUUGGUCUGCUGGAGCAGGUGGAGGAAGCUGAUCCUGACGCUGUGGUUGAAAUGAUCAUGCUGCUGCUCACGCCCUUACAGACGGUGCUGCUGAAGCUGGGGAAGAGGAAGGCCUCGACUCUGGGCAUGGCUCUCUCCACUCUGCUCAGUCAGGUGACCAAACUUCCUGUUCCUCAGAGCCGAGAGCAGGAGGAGGACGACGUGUUUGGUUUGUGUCGCUGCUGCACGGCUCUGUCCCACUUCAUCAAACCCUUUGUGGAGGAGAUCAAGGAGAACAUCAAGGAACAUCGCACCGUCUCCAGGGACGACGAGCUCCGGGUGGAGAUCCUGAAAUACUGUAUGAAGAGUUUGAGUGGGCCUCUGCUGGACGUCCAGCUGAAGGAUCAGGACACGUUAGAGACGUCUCCUCUCAGAGACUUCGCCACAGACGUCCUGGUUACUCUCUGUAGUAUCGGCGAGUCGCUCUCGGACUUGUUGUCUCACAGUAUCCCACGGAAGCGCGGCGUUCCCGGAUUCCUGGAGGAGGAAGUCCGAUAUCCAAAGGAGUCUCUGGCCAGUCUGGCACAUUUACUGUUUGUGCACCACAUCGCCGUGGACAUGUUCCCUGCUGUACUCAGCCCAGUUUUUGUCCUGCAGUGCAACAUGGAACAUGUCGAGCUCUUACUCAGCAGAACUGAAGAAUCCCGGUUACAGAAGGGACUGGAGCUGUACGAGAAGACGCUGGUGCGAGCGGAGGACAGCAGCCUGCCCUGUGACCUUCUGGAGUUAAAAUCUUUCUUAAACGUUCCACAGGACUUGGUUAAGGUGAUGACGCUGUGUCCGGUUCAGACUGUGAGGACUAAAGGACUCUCGGUUUUCCAGCUAACCAUCAACAAAUUUAACACCGAGGCCAAGUACAAGUUUUUCAGGUGCAUGUUGAAAACCAGUGAUCACGCCGGAGUGGAGGGAUUCAUCAUCAAGAACAUCAAGAACCAGAUCGACCUGGCAUUAACGUCUGGUGAGGAGAACGACUGGUUCCUGGGGAAACAUCUCCUGCCAUUACUGCGCCAAGUUCUCAGUCUUCCUCAGGGACCAGAAACCGACCUGCUGCACAAUCUGGACAGGAUUAUGGAGUCGUUGAACUUGCUGCGUUAUCUGCUGAUCAGAGAUAAAGAACGGCACAAUGAGACAGGAAUAUGGAGUGAGCUGUGUGUGAUCGAGGAGAAUUACCUGAAGCCCCUGCGCAUGGGCUUGAACAUGUCCCGAGCGCAUUACGAGGCCGAGCUGAAGAGCACGAAGGAGAAGAAAAACUCGACGGCAGACUCUAAAGCGCCAGCCUGCACGGUUACCAUCGGCAACGACACGUUACCCAACAUGACUCCAAAAAUGCAGCUCCAGGUCCUGCAGUCAGCGCUCUACACGUUCGAUUUGAUCGAGAGCGUCUUGGCCCGAAUCGAGGAGAUCGCUGAAGCGAAAGGACAGACGUAGGCUAACCUUACAAGACACUGAUGUUUGUUUUAAAGCUUUUGUACCGGAGACAGCGGGAUCGGUCAUAAAAUGAACACCAGUGUAGCGAGAACACACACUCCUCAGUGUAAACGGAUCGGGACACAGCCCUGUCCUCUGACACUUGUUCUCGUGUAGUAGCAGCUCUACAGUUUUUUGCAACACACGCUGACUGUGUGAAUCAUUUUUAGGAGCUACGCAAAGAAAUCCUAACAUCUGUUUCGUGAGCAAAAAUACAGUGUUAAAGGAAUAAUCUGGGAAACAAAAGUGAUUUUACGUUAAUUACAGAGGGAAGGAAAGUGAAGUAAGACCACAGAGUCAGUAGAAAAUAAAAGGCUGGUGGCGAGACGUGUGAUUAAACUGACGCACUUCUGAAUGAACAAUGCAGGUUGAUUUUGUGCUAAAUGAGUCAAAUGUAUUUUUAAAGAGAAUUCUUUGAGCAGAAAGUUUGCCUGUAAAAAUCUAAAGCUAUUUCUGGACAUUUAAUAAAGCUCCCUUUUUUUGUACAA